UGAGGGGAUGAGCAGCAGCAGCAGCAGCAGCAGAGACGGAGGGAGGACUGGCUGGAUGUAGGGAAAGAAGGACGCCAUCCAUUCUCUCCAUCAUCCUGUGCGCGCGACCGGAGAAAGAGAGAGAGAUAGAGAGAGAGAGAUUUGAUUGGUUUGAUGCUUUCCUUGCUUUGAUCUUUUUGGGGAGAACGAGGCUUUAUCAGCUUUAUCAGCAGCAUCAGCAGCAGCAUCUCCAGCCCGGCCUGCUGGUGCGGGUUUGAUUGGGAAUUGGAGAUUUUGGGAAUUGAGGAUUUUUGGGUUGAGUUUUUUUUUUAUUGGUAGCAUCUUUUUCCUCCACCAUUCCUCCAUCCAUCAAUCCCUUCAUCCCUCCAUCCUCCCACAGAGGGAGAAGGCGGUGGUUCUCCAUCUCCCAGCUGAUGGGGGUGAGGAGGAUGAUGCGGAUGAGGUGGUGAGGGCUCGAGCCCUUUCCUCAGCUUUCCUCCCCCCCAGCAGUGCUGAAAUGAUGGUGGAAUGAGCGCAGCGCUGCGUCCUGCUCGUCCUCCCCGGGAAUAAGUGCAUGCAGCCCGGCUCGCGACCGCACGGGAGAGGUGUGGUGCCAGCAGCUUCUGGAGGGGGUGGUUGAAUAGAAGCAGCGGCAGCAGGAAAAGCGUAGCACCACAAAAGCACCGCUGUUUCAGCCCUCGCGCUCUCCCACAAGGAGAGAAUGCAACUCUCAUGCCUCUCUGAGCUGCUUUGGCUUCACCCUGAGCGCACAGACCUCCAACACAACCCCGGACCACGAGCCAUGCUGGGCUGAAGCACAGGCAGAGGCACAGGCAGAGGAAGAGGCAGGGAGGGAGGCGCAGAGAACCAACCCCAGCACUGUUUUGUUUUGGAGGGGUACAGAGGGACAGAGAAGACCCCCAGGCUUCCACAGAGUCACCCUGCUCGAUUACACACACAGGCAAAAUGGGAGAGCAGCCUAUCUUCAGCACCAGAGCCCACGUCUUCCAGAUCGACCCCAACACCAAAAAGAACUGGGUCCCCACCAGCAAGCACGCCGUCACCGUCUCCUACUUUUACGACAGCACCCGCAACGUCUACCGCAUCAUCAGCCUGGACGGAUCCAAGGCUAUUAUUAACAGUACAAUCACCCCCAACAUGACGUUCACCAAGACCUCGCAGAAGUUCGGCCAGUGGGCAGACAGCCGGGCGAACACUGUGUACGGCCUCGGCUUCUCCUCCGAGAGUCAACUCAGCAAAUUUGCAGAAAAGUUUGCAGAGUUUAAAGAAGCGGCGCGGUUAGCGAAAGAGAAAUCUCAGGAGAAGAUGGAGCUGACCAGCACACCUUCACAGCGCAAACAGGCUUUGGCUUCUUCAAAGGAAUCGGCCACGGGUGACCUGCAGUCACCUUUGACCCCUGAGAGCAUCAACGGGACGGAUGACGAGCGACUGACGGCUGAAACCUCUCAGAACUCAGAACCGCGAGCAGAACCCAACGCCGUGCCCUUCCCUCACAGCAGUUCGACGAGUAUCAGUAAGCACUGGGAGGCAGAACUGGCCGCGCUGAAGGGAAACAACGCUAAGCUCACAGCGGCGCUGCUGGAGUCCACGGCUAACGUCAAGCAGUGGAAGCAGCAGCUGGCGGCCUAUCAGGACGAAGCAGAGCGGCUCCACAAACGGGUGACGGAGCUGGAGUGUGUAAGUGGGCAGACAACCGGAAUUAAAACCCAGAAAACGGAACUCAACCAGACGAUAGAGGAGCUGGAAGCAGCGCUGAAGGCAAAGGAAGAGGAGUUGGAGCAACUAAAAGCAGAAGUGGAAAACGCUCACCAGCUGCAAUCACAGAAAGAUACCGUCACACAGAAGCUGCAGGAAACGGAGACGCGGAACGCGGAGCUGGAGGCUCAGCUGGUGGAGCUGGAGCAGCGUCUGGAGAGCAGUCAGGUGGAGCAGGAGGCGUUCAGGAAGAGCCUGCGCUCGCUGCUCCAGCUGCUCGACGGCAAGAUCUUCGAACUGACGGAGCUCCGGGACAGCCUGGCCAAACUCAUCGAGGGUGGGGGCAGCUAGAGCCCGCGGCUCCACUGCGCCCCCUGGUGGAGAAAACGUACCUUAAAUAAACACAAACACAUGCAUUCACAUCAUAUACACACUGGCUACGUUCACACUGCAGGUAAAAACGGUCUAAAUCUGUUCAGUUUUCUCACUAGAAACGUUGCGACAAGAGCCUUUUAAUUACAGCUCUCCACUUCAGUUUCUGUUUGAGUAAAAUGAACAUUGUUGUUUUAUUCUAUAAACUACAGACAACAUUUCUCCCAAAUUACAAAUAAAAAUAUUCUCAUUUAGAGCAUUUAUUUACAGAAAAUGAGAAAUAACUGAAAUAACAAAAAAGAUGCAGAGCUUUCAGACCUCAAAUAAUGCAAAGAAAACAAGUUCAUAUUCAUAAAGUUUUAAGAGUUCAGAAAUAAUCAAUAUUUGGUGGAAUAAUCCUGUUUUUUAAUCACAGGUUUAAUUUUAAUGUAUCUUGGCAUCAUGUUCUCCUCCACCAGUCUUACACACUGCUUUUGGAUAACUUUAUGCUGCUUUACUCCUGGUGCAAAAAUUCAAGCAGUUCAGUUUGGUGGUUUGAUGGUUUGUGAUCAUCCAUCUUCCUCUUGAUUAUAUUCCAGAGGUUUUUAAUUUGGUAAAAUCAAAGAUAAAGAAAAAUCUUGUUUGUGUCACAUAUGAUGAAAAAGUUUGGAUUUUGGCCACUUUUACCUGUGUAAGUGUGAACACAGCCAAACACACCUUUACAAUCUCGCCAGCACAGUGUACAGGGGCACGAUACACACCUUCACACACACACACACACACACACGCAUGCUAACAGACAGACAGAUGGUCAGAGACAGCUGCUGUUGCUAUUGGCCAUGUUUAAAACACACACACACACACACACACACACACUCAAACAUGUUCACGCUCACAGGUGCACUUUCACUAACAGGUGCCUGCACAUACAGUACUGUACACAAGCUUUAGGCACUUUAACCAUCACUAAAUUAUUUUAAUUUAAUCUCAAUUAUACAUUUAAAUUAGAUAAAACAUUAGGAAAACAUAAAUACAGUAAAAAAAAAAUUCAUGCUAAACUAAAAAGUCAUCAUUAUGCACUUUUUUAUUUAUCAACCCAGGUCCAGAUAUGAUGAGAAGUAUUAUAAAUACUCUAUAAAUAAUACUAAUACUUCAUUAGGAGAGUUUUCUAGAUGUUUUAACAAACUCAGUGACAUUAAACCACCACUUUUAACAUAAAUAUUAAUUGUAUUCACCCUGUAUUGCUGACAUCACUUAUAACCUUUCUGUUUUUCAUAGUAAGAAGAGACCAUUAAUAUGAAUGAUGUAUUGAAAUUUUGUUUAAUUUGUUUUAUUUAGGGUUUUUAGUAUAGAUAUUUAGUAUAGAUGCUGUGGAAAAUCUGUUAGUUAUUCUUUCUAUUUUGUUUUUAGAUUUUUCUUUAACAUUAAAAAUAAAAAUUAUACAGAAAAGAAGUGAUUUCUCCCAAAUUAAUUUAACCUUUUAGAAAAAAAAAUUAUUACAGUUUAUGUUUUUCUAAAUCAUAGAGGCGCAUUUAGUGGCAUCAGGAACGCCGCAGAUACCUCAGGUUGUUCAAAUUUGUGGCUAAGCUAAGUUGAUCCAUAACACAAGCUAAACAAUUAGGCAAGACAUUGUUAGCGUAGCCUAUAGCCUACAUAUACGUUAUGUAGCUUCUAAUAUUCCCAAUAAAAUGCCCCUCCCAUCUCAGUCAUUCAUGCUGAUAAUUUCUUAUCGGAUGUGAACUAGAUGCUCUAUAGUAAAAAUGUGAAAUUUUAAAACGAAUGAUAAGACUAAUGAUAACAUAAUGAUAACGAUACUAGCUCCUGUCCUAUCACGUGUGGUGUGUGGUGUCGGUGUAAUAUAAGUAUUUUGCUAAAUAAAAUAUAAUCAGACACUCACUUCCCAGAUAAAAGAAGCCUAAAAGGUGCCUAAAACUUAUGCACAGUACUGUAUACAGAAAGGUUUACAGAAUAACACAGCCACGCUACAUGAUAUUGGCCUAGCUGGAUCUCAAUCUGCCUUUUUUCAGUUUCUCAUUUUUACAGUCAUGAAAUGUUGCAGAUUGUUUUGCUCCAUCUGUUAUUAUUAUUUUUUUAUAUCUGGGAUGCAUUCCAUAUGGAGAGGACUGUCAUAGAGUAGUAUUCUUCCAUUUCUGAGCUGAAUAGAAGAUAAAUAAGGAAAAAAAUAAAGAAAAAACAUUUUUCAUGGACUGUUUCAGCAUCCAGGCUCACGCUGGAGACUGUGCCGUGUGAAUCUAUGUGUGAAUACCCUGCUCAAUCAGGUCUUCUAUAACUUUAAAGAUGUAUAUUAUUAUUAUAAUAAUUCUUUCUGCCCUUGAAACAGUUAUUUUGUGGGAUAAAACUCAAGGAUAUUGACUUGUGUCGGGCUGAUGGGCUUUGAAGUUCAGGCUGCUUCCAUCUACCACAACUGCUGUUGGAUUUUUCUUGGGAAAACACCAAUCUGGGGACCCUGACUAUGGAUGCCAUUCUGUUCUCCCCAACCCAAACACACACACACACACACGCCUGCCCACUAAUCUUUGGCUCAGUGUCUUUUCUACAAAGCUGCCGUCCUUUGCAAGAAACUUUAUUUUGGGGUCCCCAUUCGUUCCGGUCCCCACUUUGUCAAGCAGCGGACCUGCAAAGUGGGGACCUUGUGUUUAUGACGAUGCCACACCUGUGGGGAAACCAUCCUUCCACUAUCUGAGCAAUACAAACCAAGACAAAUAAGGAAAAAACACAAAAGGAAGGGACUGAAGAAGGAAAAGCAAGCAAGCAUCUCACUAUCAGGUAUUUCACUUCCCCCUCUUCAUCGAAAGAGGGAUGUGAUGAUGUGCACGAACACACAAAGACAGAAAACACACUCACACACACACUUAAAACUGCGGGGACAGUGCGAGUUUGCAGUGACUAUGAAUAUGCCGUCUUUGUUUCUACACAUUUUUCUAACACAUAUAUAUAUAUAUAAAUAUAUAAAUAUUACAGAUUUAUAGUGCACUUGUGAAAAUGGAGAAACUUCUGAGUGAAUUUUAUGAUUUAUUACGUUUUUGAUUUAUUUUUCUUUCUUUGAGGUGCAAAGAUUGACUUUAUGAUACUGUAUGAUUUUUGGUUAUUUAUUGUAAAACUAUGAUCUCUUCACAAAUGUUGCAUUAAUGAAUUAUUAUUAUUUUUAGUUUGUGAGAGUUUGUUUCGUUUUUUUUAUGUUCACCUCGGAAAACAUGCUUUAUUUUCUUUUAUAUUGUGUGGUAAAAUGAUAUUAUGGCUGUUUUUUAUGUGAAAAGAAACUGGCAAUAUUUUUAAACUGUUUAAAAACUAUUUCAAAGAGAAAUGGUAAUACGCCGCUUACUUGUUUAAAGCAGGUGUAACUUUUCAGAGAGACUUCUCUUUUUGAUUAUUUAUUUUUAUUUUUAUUUUGUUUUUGUUGUUUUCUUUGCCAAAUAUGUUUUCCUGUACAGAUGAACUUGCUCAAGUUGCCUUUGGUACAAAAAAAAUGCAUCAACGGUAGCUAAGGUACUUUUGUGGGGUUUACUAUUGCCAAAAAUCUGUGAUCACAUAUAAUGAGAAAUUUACAGUAUGUGUAUACCUGAAGAACACUCUUUAAAGGGCUUGUUGUUGGUUCUAGUACUUUCUGAGAGGUAGGUGGUUUGGUUUUAUCAUGUUAAACUAUGAGCCGUUAUACUAUACUUUGAAAAAGGGGGUUUGGUUUGAGUAAUAAUUUUAAAUGUUGAUUAAACCACAUGCUUAAACACAAUUGUAAUUGAGUAAUUUAUAGUAAAAUAAAAGAAAAAAAUACA